CUUCUCCUUGCUCCUUUAGCUAACAGGCCCACUGUUAGCCGCUUCCACAACCCUUCACUGCCCUCUGAUUCCAGAGUCCCUCCAGGUUUUCCCAGAGCUCAUUCCUCCCUGGAGCCACUGCGGGGGCUGGGCUGGGAAACACCGGCUCGGUACAAACCACAGCGAGAGAACAACGACGGGUGCGAUUGCAGCGGCAGUUCCGCUUCCCCAGGGCUGCAACAGAGAGCAGAGCUGAGCCUGAGCAGAGGGGAGGGGAGAGCACCCAGGCAGGCAGGAGCAGGGUCCGGAGCAGGGUCCGGAGCAGAGCCCUGCGGGCAGCAGCAACAAUGGGGGACGCCUUCAUCCGGCACAUCGAACUGCUGGGCUACGAGAAAAGGUUUUUCCCCAGCCAGCACUAUGUCUACAUGUUCCUGGUGAAGUGGAAUGACCUCUCCGAAAAGGUCGUCUAUCGCCGCUUCACUGAGAUAUACGAGUUCCACAAAGCGCUGAAGGAGAUGUUCCCCAUUGAAUCCGGGGACAUCAACAUAGAGAACCGGAUCAUCCCGCACUUGCCAGCCCCAAAGUGGUUUGAUGGGCAGCGCUCAACCCAGAACAGGCAGGGCACACUGGCUGAGUACUGUUACACGCUGGUGAACCUGCCCCACAAGAUCUCCCGGUGCCUGCACGUGGUCAACUUCUUCAAAGUCCGUCACGAUGACAUGAACCCUGUCACAGACAGCCAGAUCAAGAAGCCUGAGGUGUUCCUUCUGCCAAAGGAUUCCAAGAAAAACCUCACUGACAUCACGGGCCCCAUUGUCCUGCAAACGUACCGAGCCAUCGCCGACUAUGAGAAGAGCUCCACAUCUGAGAUGGCUCUCAAGGCUGGGGACAUGGUGGAUGUCGUGGAGAAGAGUGAGAAUGGCUGGUGGUUUUGUCAGCUGAAGAAUAAACGAGGCUGGGUACCUGCUGCCUAUCUGGAGCCACUGGAUGGUCCUGAUGAGUCUGAAGAGCAGGAGCCUAAUUAUGCAGGUGAAGCGUAUGUGGUCCAGAAAAGCUACACUGCUGUGGAGGAGGAUGAGCUGACCCUCAAGGAGGGUGACACCAUUGAAGUCAUCCACAAGCUCCUGGAUGGCUGGUGGGUCAUCAGGAAGGAUGAAACCACAGGUUAUUACCCCUCCAUGUACCUGCAGCAAGCUGGGGAGGUGAACACCUCUGCGAAGAGCGAGCUGAGGAACCGGGGUGCUCCUCCACGGAGAUCCACCAUCCGAAAUGUGAAGAGCAUCCACAAGCAGGGCCGGAAGCAAAUCAGCCAGGAGACCUACAGGAGGAACAGCAAGAAGUACAUCCAGAACCAGAGGAAAAUGCGGGGAAAUUCCCAGAGCAAGGCCAAUGUCAUCAUCGAGAAAAAUGAGCCAGAGGACAACAAGCCCAAGGCUCAACCUGCUGUUCCUCCCCGUCCCAGCAAGGACCUCAUCCUGAACCGCUGCACUGAGAGCACGUGGAGGAAGAUCCUGUGAGGAUCCUGUGAGCCCCCACACCAGCCCAGCCGCCCAAAGCUUCAUCUCCUGCGGCUCCUGUGCAGCUGGGGCUCGGAGCUGGAGCAGGGAUCCAGGUGGCUCUGGCAGCCACCUCAGGCCAGGGAGGCUGUGGCCAUGUCAGCCCAGCCCAGUGCCCAUCCUCAUCCUCCACCUCAGCCAGCCCACGGUGUGCUGAUAGCACUUUGAGGAGGGACCAGCCCUGCUCUACCAGCUCCUCACAAGCACCAAGUCCUCAUCUCUACAUGCCCUUCUGUUCCCUCUUUGUAUUUUGAAUUAUUUUUGUGGUUUUCAACAAUAAAGGAGAGACACUUGAUAGACCCUGAGGA